CCCGUCCGUACAUAAAGGGAGUAGCUCCCCGAUUUCGAAUUUCGAAUUCCUCCUCCGCUCCGCUCCCAAACCCCGACCCCGGCCUCGCCCGCCCGCCCGCCCAGCGGCUCCAGAUCCGGAACGGCGACCGGCGCACCCGCCGCCGAUCGACCAGGCAAGAGCUGCUGUGCUCUCCACGCGGCUGCAUUCCGGACGGGUGGGGUUUCUGGUUACCGGUAGCCGCGGCGCGACUGAUUCGGCGCCGCCGCCGCCUCCGCGGGGGGCCCCGACUUCUAGGGUUUUGUCUUGCGGCGGGCGUGUCGUGCGUCGGUUCGAUUGCAGGGGCGAGACGGCCGCGGUCGUCGGGGUGCGUUUGCUGCGGCGCGGGUUUGGGAAUCUCGUCUGACUGACGCUUGCUGCUUACUGUUGACCGGCAGGGAUCAGGGGUGAGGGGAGGGGAUGGCGGAGGCGAUCGAGCUGUACCGGCAGUCGGUGAUCGGCGUGGCCCUCAUCGAGACGCUGGACGAGAUGGUGGCCAGCGGCGCGCUCAGCCCCGACCUCGCCAUGGCCGUCGUCAUGCAGUUCGACAAGUCCAUCUGCCACGCGCUGGAUAAGCAUGUCGAGAGCAGGGCCACCUUCAUGGGCGGCAAUCUGCACACCUACAGGUACUGCGACAGCAUCUGGACUCUCAACCUGAGAAACACAACAUUCAUGAACGAGGAGAUCGAAACAGUCCACCCCAAGGUGAAGAUCGUGGCCUAUGAUAUGAGAAUGAUUGAGGAGCCUGUAGAACCUAUUACUUGCCAGCAGUGCCAGUAGUCCAGCCCCUUUAGCCAUACUCCUCUUCAUGACAGACAAGGCGCCACCCCAACCUAGACAGUCAUCGGUAUCGCUUAUGGAAUGAUCCCACGAGCAUCUAGUCGGCUUCCAUUGUGCUAGACCGUAAUGUUUGUGUAGUUAUCAUUUGCAUCGCUUAUGAACCGACCAUAUUGCUCUUUCAUUCCGAUAACAUAACUUGUGGAUGAGUAAAACUACGAACAGAAUGGUGCAUUUUGAUUUU